AUGGUUUGGCCAUUCAAUAAAAAGAGCGAAGACUCGUCUGCUCAUCAAGAGCAGCCCAAAGAGCAAUUACAGAACUACAGCGCGGGGAAAAAAUACCUACUGGAGGAUACAAAUCCUCGCUUUGCCAACGAAUCCCAAAGUCAGUAUGCCAAGGCCCAAGAACAAGCAUCGCUUCGACAAGCGUGGGAAACUGUAAGUUGGAACGAUUUCAGUCUCCAGAAGCUCGUUCAAAUUCCAUGUCUGCGAGAUGCAGGAAUGAGCGGGUUCACUAGCAUGUUCGUGGUUGGAGGUGUCAUAUUUUUGUAUCAUAAAAAUCCAGCAAAAGCUGCAAACUGGUCAGUGGGAGGGCUUAUGCUUGGAAGCAUUGUAGGCUGGGAACAGUGUCGGAUGAGGCGAAAAAAAAGCUUCCAAACUGCUCAGAUGGCUAGAACAACCGUCGCAAAUAAGGAAAAGCCCAUGUUGAAUUCGGUGGUUCAUGAUGACAGAGUAAAAAAAGAGUGGGAAGGCCACACCUCUGAUACGAGCUCUAAGAAGCCAUGGUAUAAGCUAUGGUAG